AUGGCUGCCCAGCUUGAAGGUGUUUUCGAGGCGGGACUGCAGGAGAAAAUUACCAAAUCCAAGGUGCUGGUAGUCGGUGCCGGUGGUAUUGGAUGUGAGAUUUUAAAAAAUCUCGUUCUCACGGGAUUUCAAGAUAUUGAAAUCAUCGAUUUGGAUACGAUUGAUGUGAGCAAUCUGAACCGACAAUUUUUAUUCCACAAGGAGCACGUCGGCAAAUCAAAAGCGAAUGUCGCUCGAGAGAGUGCACUCGCUUUUAACCCAAAUGCGAAGAUUAAGGCAUACCAUGACAGUAUUACGACCAACAACUAUGGCGUAAAUUUUUUCCAACAAUUUUCGAUCGUUCUUAAUGCACUAGAUAAUCGUGCCGCGCGGAGUCAUGUAAAUCGCUUAUGCUUGACAGCUGAUGUUCCGUUGAUCGAAUCAGGAACGGCUGGGUAUAAUGGGCAGGUUGAACUAAUUAAGCGCGGUGUUACACCGUGCUACGAAUGUUUUCCCCAACCGGCGCAAAAAACAUACCCUGGAUGCACCAUCCGUAACACACCGUCAGAACCUAUUCAUUGUAUUGUUUGGGCAAAGCAUCUGUUCAAUCAGCUAUUUGGCGAGAGUAAUGAAGAUGAAGACGUUUCGCCGGACACGGCUGAUCCGGAAGCUGGCGCGGACGCUGGCAAUGAAGCCCUAUCAAAGGAAGCAAACGAGAAGGGAAACGUUGAUCGUGUCAACACACGCACCUGGGCGAAGCAGUGCGAUUUUGAUGCAGAGAAGAUCUACAAUAAACUGUUCUUCGAUGACAUCAACUACUUGCUUAGUAUGUCGAAUCUGUGGAAGAACCGUACUCCGCCACAACCUUCGAAAUGGGAUACAGUGAUGGAAGAAGAUGACGGCAUCAUCGAAGACAGUGUCCAGCGGGAUCAGAAAGUGCUGAGUCAGGCACAGUCAGUAAAAGUAUUCGAGGAAAGCAUCCAGGCACUGAAGAAAUCAUUUUCAAAACUUUCGGAAGAGGACCAUCUGGUGUGGGACAAAGACGACAAAGAUGCGAUGGAUUUUGUGGCAGCAUGUGCGAAUAUUCGUGCUCAAAUAUUUGGCAUUCCAAGAAAGAGCCGAUUUGAAAUCAAAUCUAUGGCAGGAAACAUUAUACCGGCGAUUGCAACAACCAACGCUAUCACGGCAGGCAUAGUCGUCAUGCGUGCAUUCCGCGUGCUGAAGGAAGCGUACGAAAAAUGCAAUACUGUGUACGUGCGUUUACGGGUGAACGGGCGCAAUCAGUUCAUUGUACCAGAGAAUAAUAUCAUUCCUCCGAAUCCGAAGUGCUACGUGUGCGCCGCCAAGCCCGAGGUCGUGUUGAAAGUCGACACGAAGAACUUGACCGUCCGCGAAUUUCGUGAUGAAAUUUUAAUCAAAGCCUUGAACAUGAUCAGUCCGGAUGUUAUUCUGGACGGUACAGGCACGAUCGUGAUUUCAUCGGAGGAGGGAGAAACGGACUGCAACAACGAGAAGAAACUAGAUGAGAUGAAGAUAGUCAAUGGGUGCAUUUUGAAGGCGGACGAUUUCCUCCAAAAUUAUGAGCUCAGCAUCACGAUCCUACACAAGGACCCCGGGCGCGAGGAAGCCGCCUUUGAAAUCGUCGCUGAUCCGGAUUCGUUGAAACCGAAGGAAGCGGAAAGCAAACCUACGGCACCGGUGCCUGACGAUGCCCAGCCAUCUACGUCUAGCGGAUUGAAUGGAUCUUCAAAUGGCAAACAGCAACCUGCCAAUGAAGACGACGAAGAUGAUCUGUGCAUAGUGGAGGACGAUGACGACGAGAAACCCUCCACAUCAAAGGGCAAACCUGCGGCUGCAGCUGGUGGUUCUGGUGUGGAGAAACGAAAGCACGUACAAGAAGCUGACGAACCUGCAAGCAAAAAAGCGAAAGUUUCGGCGCACGAGGUGGAUGAUGAUGAUGAUGAUGAUGAUGAUGAUUUGAUCAUUAUGGAUUAAAGUUAAAUCAUAAGAUCUUGAGUAGAUCCAACUUCAAUGCCCGUCGUAAUCAUCGAUGUAACAUCAACUAUAAAUUAUACGAUCGUAACAAUCUCCUUUAA